UGAGGCUUGGGCCAAUCACGCGCAGAGUACAUCAGUAGAUAGUCAGUACAUACACUCGCCACAAGUGUCUCGCCGUCCUACCAAGACGAGUCUUGUGUGAUAUUGAUUCAGAAUGCGAGGCUCUCUGUUAGCCUUGGCCUUGGGCCUCUUUGUGCUGGGAACGAUAAGCCCCGCCUCAGGGUCCGAUGGGAGUGUGCGGUGUCGAGUGGAAUCUUGCGCCGGGUGACGCUUGAACCGGCUUCCCGAAGUCAAGAAGUUUCUCUUCGAAGACUUCGAGAAGCUUUACACCCACACGGAGUUCAAGAAAGUCCCGGGCAAAUCUCCCGUGAUGACCUUUUACAACGAACAGGGUGAUCUCACCGAGACGCUGGACAUUGCCGAGAUGAAGCGCGACCAAUUGAACCAAAUCAUGCUCGAGCACGGAUUCCAGACGAAGGGCCAAGCCAAGGCUAAGGAUGCCAAUGCCCACGAUGAAGUCUAGCGUCAAAUCCUGGAAAUCUUGGGAUCCCCUCGGUCCGUUGAAUUUGAGGAGGAACCUUAGCCUUUGUUCCGGACACUGCCUAUGACGAGCCGUCUCUCCAAUAGAAACCUGGCGUUUCAGGGAGCGGAUCCGAUGACAAUGAUUGCCGUAGACGGAGAAUCGGCGGGCUCUUCCCCAUACCUCCCCAACAACGGACUCUGAUCGUGCCUCCUAAUUCUAAACUUGAUAUUCGUUCCGUUCUGAAAUCAAUCUCUCCUCAAUUUAGGUUGUUAGUUUUUAUACUCUAAUUAAAGACGAUUGAUUGAUCA